AAGACGACGGCCAGGUCUGGCCCGGCAUGCCUUGGGCUUCCGGUGACCUCUGGCCUUUUUCUGUCGUCCGCUCUUGCUGCCUAGCGUGCUUGUUCGCUCAGUGCUUUCCGUCCUUCCCUCCCUCCCGUUUUUCUUCGCACGCUGCCUGGUGACUGUGGCGCCCGUGAACAGCAAGGAGGCGGUGGCGGAGGACCCUCGUCAUGGCCGCCUCUAAGCCUGUGGAGGCGGCGGUGGUCGCAGCGGCUAUUCCCGGCUCCGGGAGUGGGGUGGGCGGCGGCAGUGCGACUGCGGGCCCAGGCACCGGGGGCCUGCCGCGAUGGCAGCUGGCGCUGGCGGUCGGGGCGCCCCUGCUGCUGGGCGCGGGUGCCAUGUACCUGUGGAGCCGGCAGCGGCGGCGCCGGGAGACCGGGGGCCGAGGCGACGCCAGCGGCCUGAAGCGCUACAGUGAACGGAAGACCCCGGAGGGCAGGGCCAGUCCGGCCCCGGGCAGCGGACACCCCGAGGGCCCCGGUACUCACCUGGAAAUGAACUCUCUUGAUAGAGCCCAAGCAGCCAAGAACAAAGGCAACAAAUAUUUUAAAGCAGGAAAAUAUGAACAGGCUAUUCAGUGCUAUACUGAGGCCAUCAGUUUGUGCCCUACAGAGAAGAAUGUUGACCUUUCCACGUUUUAUCAAAACAGAGCUGCUGCCUUUGAGCAGUUGCAAAAAUGGGAAGAGGUGGCACAAGAUUGUACAAAGGCUGUUGAACUUAAUCCCAAAUAUGUGAAAGCUCUCUUUAGACGUGCAAAAGCCCACGAGAAGCUAGACAAUAAGAAGGAAUGUUUAGAAGAUGUCACUGCUGUGUGUAUAUUAGAAGGGUUCCAAAAUCAGCAAAGCAUGCUGUUAGCUGAUAAAGUUCUUAAACUUCUUGGAAAAGAGAAAGCCAAAGAAAAAUAUAAGAAUCGUGAACCUCUGAUGCCAUCUCCACAGUUUAUCAAAUCUUACUUCAGUUCUUUCACGGAUGAUAUAAUUUCUCAGCCAAUGCUUAAAGGAGAGAAGUCUGAUGAAGAUAAAGACAAGGAAGGGGAGGCUUUAGAAGUAAAAGAAAACUCUGGAUACUUAAAGGCCAAACAGUAUAUGGAGGAAGAAAACUAUGAUAAAAUCAUAAGUGAAUGCUCAAAAGAAAUAGAUGCCCAAGGCAAAUACAUGGCAGAAGCAUUAUUACUACGAGCUACUUUCUACUUGCUUAUUGGUAAUGCCAACGCAGCCAAACCAGAUUUAGAUAAGGUCAUCAGCUUGAAAGAAGCUAAUGUGAAGCUUCGAGCAAAUGCUCUCAUCAAAAGAGGCAGCAUGUAUAUGCAACAGCAGCAGCCUUUGCUGUCUACUCAGGAUUUUAACAUGGCUGCCGACAUCGAUCCUCAGAAUGCAGAUGUUUAUCACCACCGAGGACAGCUGAAAAUACUGCUUGAUCAAGUUGAAGAAGCAGUAGCAGAUUUUGAUGAAUGUAUUAGAUUAAGACCUGAGUCUGCUCUGGCACAAGCUCAGAAAUGUUUUGCAUUGUAUCGCCAAGCAUAUACGGGAAACAAUUCUUCACAAAUCCAAGCAGCUAUGAAAGGUUUUGAAGAGGUCAUAAAGAAAUUUCCAAGGUGUGCUGAAGGCUAUGCAUUAUAUGCCCAGGCAUUAACAGAUCAACAACAGUUUGGUAAAGCUGAUGAAAUGUAUGAUAAAUGUAUUAAUUUGGAACCAGACAAUGCCACAACAUACGUUCAUAAAGGUUUACUUCAGCUUCAGUGGAAGCAAGAUCUGGAUAGAGGUUUGGAGCUUAUCAGCAAGGCUAUUGAAAUUGACAAUAAAUGUGAUUUUGCAUAUGAAACCAUGGGAACUAUUGAAGUACAAAGAGGAAACAUGGAGAAAGCCAUUGACAUGUUCAACAAAGCUAUUAACCUGGCCAAAUCAGAAAUGGAGAUGGCUCAUCUAUACUCACUCUGUGAUGCUGCCCAUGCCCAGACAGAAGUUGCAAAGAAAUAUGGAUUAAAACCACCGACAUUAUAAAAUACGGGGGAAGGAAAAUGACCCUCUUUUUAGGAGUUUACCCCCUCUUCAACUGAACCCUAAAGACACUGUCGUGAACUGCGUUGAAUGGUGGAGCUUAGUAUUUCUGUCUGUGCUGUUGUCAUUUGUUACAUCUGUUUCAUUUUUAGAUGUUGUGGGAGUGCCUGUUGAAGAAAGUUUGCAGUGUUGCAGCUUUUAUGCCCUGUGCAACAAAAGCUUAGAACCUGUUAAAGGGAUAUUAAAAUGAAGUUGCAAAGAGUACAAAUGAUAAUUGGCCAUGCAAAUAAAAAUUUUGAUUUGUUGAUCUGACUUUUUUUUUUGAGGGGGGUGGGAGGGUGACUGUGUUCUGGAUGAUCUUGUCUUUGUGUGUGCGUGCGUGUGUGUGUGUAUAAUAUAUGAGUAUUUUGCAGUUUUACAGCAUGUUGGUUUUUAAAUUAACAUAGUAAGUGCUGUAAAAUAAGAUUCUUUUAGAUUUGAUUAAUCCCUUUUAGUUAAUUUUUUUUUGAAGGAAACAGCUUAAGUGGGGAUUUCGUUUUUACGACAGCAAAAUUGAGACCCUUUUAACCACUGUCAGCAUGCACAAUGCCUCUGAUUCUGCAGAACGUUAGAUGCAGUGGCGACGCUUAAACCUUUGACCCCCUUCAACUAUAAUGGAUAAUGUACAUCGUUCUUAAAGUCUACAGCAGCUGGUUUUCAUAGAGUAAAUUAUGCAGAAGCAAGAUAUUCUAAUUGAUAUAUGUGCUAGAAGACUGAGAAUUAAUGGGAGAGCAGACCAGGCAAGAGGUAAGAUGAAAUGAAAAUGUAUUUAUAAUUGCCCAUGGCUAUUUUCUACAAUAGUUAUUACUAUUUAACAGUGUACUUUUUAAAGAAAAUGCAGGUUGGUUGUGUAUGUAAAGACAAAGUAAGUGUGAUAAGUAGUUAAUUAGCUUAAAAUUUCUAGUGAAGAAAAUGUGGCCUAACAGUUCAAAAAGGAUGAAAGUCGGGCUUCCCUGGUGGCGCAGUGGUUGAGAGUCUGCCUUGCCGAUGCAGGAGACGCGGGUUCGUGCCCCCGUCUGGGAAGAUCCCACGUGCCGCGGAGCGGCUGGGCCUGUGAGCCAUGGCCGCUGAGCCUGCGCUUCUGGAGCCUGUGCUCCGCAACGGGAGAGGCCCCAACAGUGAGAGGCCCGUGUACCACAAAAAAAAAAAAAAAGAAAAAGGAAAAAAAAAGGAUGAAAGUCUUAGAUCCAGAAGCAUAAUAUUUCCUGAAGUGACAAGUUUAAUGCUUCUUAACUAUGGCUACAUGUACUUAAGGGAUUUUGAGCCAGUAUUUUCAAAGAUGCUGAGGACACGUGGAGUGCAUUUUAGUUUUGAACUAACCUUGGUCUCUAAGGCCUGGCUGACUGACCGUGUCCACACUACACUAAGGUUUCUGACAGCAGAUUUUUAUUUUGUUUUGUUCAUUUUACCUUUACCUCACCCUCUUACUUAGAAAUCACUUUGUGUUUUUUCCAAUUGUUACUUUUAUAGAUCAUCCUUUUGCUUAUAUGCUGGAUUUUUCUGGUGGGGGUGGAGAGGUGUUCUUAAAGAGUCUCUUGUUUUGAGAUAUUCAGGGUGGGGAGAGGUUUACUUAAGUCUGAGUAUAAUAAAAAGAGCAAGCCUUCAGUUGUACUUUUCUGGAAAUGGAAUCUAAUUAGAGUUUACAUUGUUGGGAGUAAAUGAGCAUUUUACCCCUCUUUAAAAGGGUGCUUUAUCCUAUUGAAACCAAAAGGUUUUGUCAAAAUGCUGUCUUUUUAGAAGCUACUAGAAAUGACUCCCUUCCAAAGUCAGAGUCUGGAAAAUAUUGAAGGGGCAAUAAUUGGUGGGGGGCAGUUAACAUAAUUUAAGAUGGUUUGGAUAAUGGAAUGUUUGAGAGCUCUGCAUUUUAGUUUUUAAAUUAUGUACCUGCUAUAAGCCCCGAAUACAGAAAUGUUCUGUAUCUCUGAAUAACCUCUGACUUUAAAAAGAAGUUUUUAUUUGCAUGGCUGUAUUUACAUUAACACUGAUAUUUUCUUCUCUCUUCUCGCUUCCUAUCCCUUGGGGUUCAGUAGAAAACACACCAAGGAAACUGAAGCAUGUACCAUUCAGUACUAACAUUCCACAUCCUCAUGGACUAUUGCCUGUUCUGAAAAAUAUUUGAAACUGCACUGAAAGCUGCAUCUGUCUGUGUCUUUUCUAUUGUAAAUGAUCUCACGUGUAAAUUCACCAAAUAAAUAUUACAUUCAA